GUCCUCAAAAUGCCGGACGUCGAGGAGAAUGUGCCCCCAAAGGAUCCUGCCGAUGGAGAGAGGGAGUCCUGCAAACCUGAGACUUCAAGACCGACUCAGGAAGACAAGAGCAGCCCCAGACCAGCCCCAGACCAGCCUCCUUUUCUUUCUGUCACAGGUCUGACAGAGAUAGUUGAUGAAGUUUCCAAGCUGAGCAGCAAGAUUGGGAUGAAUCCUGAUUACCACAAGGAAGAGAAGACUUUACUUCCAAGCAGUCUGGAAGGCAAAGUCAAGGAGACAAUGCACAAUGCCUUUUGGGACCAUCUUAAAGAGCAAAUGUCAGCAGCUCCCCCUGAUUUCAGCUGCGCUCUUGAACUUCUGAAAGAAAUUAAAGAGAUCUUGCUGUCACUGCUGUUACCACGCCAGAACCGCCUGAGGACUGAGAUUGAAGAAGCUCUGAACAUGGACUUUCUCAAGCAGAAAGCAGAACGUGGGGCCCUGGAUGUCCCUUACCUCUCUAAAUAUAUUCUCAACAUGAUGACUCUGCUGUGUGCACCAGUUCGAGAUGAAGCAGUGCAGAAGCUGGAAAACGUGACAGAACCUGUUCAGUUGCUGAGAGGGAUCUUCCAGGUUCUGGGCCUGAUGAAAAUGGACAUGGUAAACUACACUAUCCAGAGCCUUCAACCCCACCGCCAGGAACAUUCCAUCCAAUAUGAGCGGGCUAAAUUCCAGGAGCUCCUCAAUAAGCAACCUAGCCUCCUCAAUCAUACCACCAAAUGGUUGACCAAAGCAGCAGCAGACCUCACCAUGCCACCUCCGACUUGUCCUGACACUGCUGAUUCUUCCAGUGUGGCUGGCCCUUCUCCAAAUGAAGCAACCAACAACUCAGAGCCCCUCAGCCCCUCAAUGGUGCUGUCCCAGGGCUUCCUGAACCUCCUUCUCUGGGACCCUGAGAAUGAAGAGUUCCCUGAGACCCUGGUGAUGGACAGAACCCGGCUGCAGGAGCUGGAGUCCCAGUUGCACCAGCUAACUAUCCUGGCCUCAGUCUUGCUCGUGGCCAGUAGUUUCUCUGGCAGUGUUUUGUUUGGCUCACCCCAGUUUGUGGAUAAACUGAAACGCAUAACCAGGUCCCUGAUGGAGGACUUUAACUCCAGGCCAGAGGAGGCAAUGCUGGCUGUGAGUGAACAGGUAUCUCAGGAAAUCCAUCAAAGCCUCAAGAAUAUGGGUCUUGCUGAUCUGAGCAGUGACAGUACAGCAUCCCUGAUAAUACAGCUCCAGAACAUUGCCAAGAAGGAGAACUGUGUUCGCAGUGUCAUUGAUCAGCGGAUCCAUUUGUUUCUCAAAUGCUGUUUGGUUCUUGGUGUGCAGAGGUCUCUGUUAGACCUCCCUGGAGGCCUUACUCUCAUAGAAGCAGAGCUGGCAGAACUGGGCCAAAAAUUUGUCAACUUUACAUAUCACAAUCAGCAGGUGUUUGGCCCCUACUACACUGAGAUCCUAGAAACCCUCAUGUCCCCAGCCCAUGCGCAGAGAGCAAAAAUGAAGUCUCUCUGAUAACACUGGCUCGGAGCCCUGGCAGCUUGAGCCCAGGAGAGAGCCCAUCAUCAUCCUGGGGUAACAUCACCAGUGACCAGCUGAGCAGCAACUCCACACAUCAGUUUCCUGAAAGCCAAUACAACAGGGCUUGUAGGGAUCAAGAUGUAAACACCAACUGGUCCAAACCCAUUCACUAAUAAACUUCUGAACUACAAGAAAA